UUGACACAAUAAUGUUGAAGGAAAUUAGGUGACUCUUUUGGGAAGCUGACUUUUUAAAAGCACGGCCAGACCAUGCUAUGACGACUUCCCUGAUCCUACAUCCACAUUGGGCGGAUACCUUGAUGUACGUGUAUGAAACAAGCCCGAAUGAAAAGAAUCCCAGGAAAAGCCCAGCCAUGGAAGGACUGAGUGGGAACUGUGCAAGCAGCCACUGUAGGGAUUUUAUCUCUCACCCCGCUCUGGGGCGCCAUUCUAGUGCCAUUGGGUCUCACCAAGGACCUGUCUACACGGACAUUACCUCUCCAGAAGCCGCCAGGCAAUGCACGGCUCCCCCGUCUUCUUCCAACGCCUCCCUGGGCUAUGCCUACCCAUUUGGAAGCAGCUAUUACGGCUGCAGGCUCUCUCAGUCCCACAACGUCAACUUACACCAGAAACCCUGCUCCUACCAUCCGGCCGAGAAAUACCCCGAGCCCAGCAACCCCUUGCCCAGCGAAGAAUUCUCCUCCAGGGCCAAGGAAUUUGCUUUUUACCCUAGUUUUGCCAGCUCCUACCAGGCGGUCCCUGGUUACUUGGACAUGUCAGUAGUGCCAGGCAUCAGCAGCCACCCGGAGCCCAGGCAUGACACCCUGCUGUCUAUGGAAGGCUACCAGCACUGGGCUCUUCCCAACGGCUGGGACGGACAAGUCUACUGCUCAAAGGACCAAUCCCAAUCCGGCCACUUAUGGAAAGCACCUUUCCCAGAUGUGGUCCCCCUGCAGCCAGAGGUGAGCAACUACCGCAGGGGCAGGAAAAAGCGAGUCCCAUAUACAAAAAUCCAACUGAAAGAACUGGAGAAGGAGUAUGCUGCAAGCAAGUUCAUUACCAAAGAGAAGAGACGGAGAAUCUCCACUGCAACAAGUCUGUCUGAGCGACAAGUCACUAUAUGGUUCCAAAACAGAAGAGUCAAGGAAAAAAAAGUCGUAACUAAAUGUAAGACCGCUCACCUUCACAACACCUGACAAAAGGAGGACACCUAGCUAGGCCCCCAUUUGAACCAAUAUUUAUCUCAUUCCCAUGUAUAGGACAUAUCCAGCAGAACUCUAUGAGACUCUUCCGAGGAAUAUUUAAUAUAGGAAUGGAACAAGUGGCAAAUCCUGCCAGUGGCCCCCACGUCCCCUUAUUUUUCUGCUCCUUCUAACACAGCUAUGAAUAAUAAGAAGACUGAUGGACUGUAGCUUCUCGCCAUGUGUAACUUAUGACAUCCGUCUCUCUUACAUUUUAAAGGGGACACAACCCUGACGCAGUCAUUGGGAGUGAUGGCGGUUUAAGUCCUCUGUUUCAUUUUCUAAAGUCUUCAUGAACUGUCUGCUAUAAGCUGUAUAUACUGUACGUUCUACGGUGCAUCUGUGCCACACCUGUUUUUGCCUAUGCUUGGAUAUGAAAUACAUCCCCGCCACGAUCAGUUUAGACAUCUGUAUCUUCUUAUGAUCACUGAACUCAUGACCAGCGCGUACGGUUGCACUUAACCCUUGUAGCACCAGAGAGCGUCUCUGCUGCUUACACCCCCUUCCCAUGUAGCAUACCCAUUUGUUCUGUUUUAGAACACACACCUCAAUUCAUCUCUGUAUUUUAACUAACAAGCUCUUUCAUUCUGUGGCAGCAGAAAAAUGUCAAGAUGUGAUUAGAAAUUUAGAAGAAAAAAAAAUGAGUAAAUAAUUAAGAUCAAGAAGUUGAAUAAUUAUACAUAGUUAUAUAUUUGCUUUACACAUCAGUAUUAUAUCUCUUCCUGCCUCAAAAUAUUUGAGGCUUAAAUGAAUAUUAUGACACAUGCAUCCACUGUCGGGGGAAGUAUGUUUGUUUCAGUCACAUUGAUUGGACGUUACCCUACAACAUAUGCUAUUUAAACUCCAAACUUGCAGUUUGUUUUUUUUUAUCGAAUAUACCCAUUGACAGUAAUUAAUACUGCUGCAUUUUCCAGACAAGCAGAUUUUCCAUAAGGUAUGCUGUAUGCAACUCGUUUUUAUUAUUUUGUCGUGUAUAAUGUAUAGUAUUGUGGUGUCUAAAUAUAUUAUCUAAUGGAUAAAGAUUAAUUUCUGGAAAUAAAUGUCACUUGACCUAAUGUAGUUCUAGUACUUGUUGAAAAACCAGAGGCUACAUUGGAAAUGACCAAAAAUGUCCCUUGUAUUUUGCUCUAUAACAAGCUAUUUUCACGGAAUGCGAUUGUGUCCAUGGAUCUCUGAAGAAAUCAUGUUAUAAAACUAAUAUUUUUUGUUGUGUUGUAUGCACACAAUCGUUUCUGUACACGUACUAAAGUUGUUCUAAGAUAUAA